GGAGCCGGGUGCGCGGGCCGCCCUGGUAUAUCUGCGCCUGCGCGGCGCUGCUGCUGGGCCAGUCGGGACGGAGGAGACAAGAUGGCGCUGCGAGCGAUGCGGGGGAUUGUGAACGGGGCCGCGCCCGAGCUACCUGUGUCCACCAGCGGGCCGGUGGUGGGAUCUCGGGAACAGGCGCUGGCGGUUAGUCGGAACUACCUCUCCCAGCCUCGCCUCACAUACAAGACAGUAUCAGGAGUCAAUGGUCCACUAGUGAUCUUAGAUCAUGUUAAGUUUCCCAGAUAUGCUGAGAUUGUCCACUUGACAUUACCAGAUGGCACGAAGAGAAGUGGGCAAGUUCUAGAAGUUAGUGGUUCCAAAGCAGUGGUUCAGGUAUUUGAAGGGACUUCAGGUAUAGAUGCCAAGAAAACGUCCUGUGAGUUUACUGGGGAUAUUCUCCGAACACCAGUGUCUGAGGAUAUGCUUGGUCGGGUAUUCAAUGGAUCAGGAAAACCCAUCGACAAAGGUCCUGUUGUACUGGCUGAAGACUUUCUUGAUAUUAUGGGUCAGCCAAUCAAUCCUCAGUGUCGAAUCUACCCAGAGGAGAUGAUUCAGACCGGCAUUUCAGCUAUAGAUGGCAUGAACAGUAUUGCUAGAGGGCAGAAGAUUCCCAUCUUCUCUGCUGCUGGGCUACCACACAAUGAGAUUGCAGCUCAGAUCUGUCGCCAGGCUGGUUUGGUAAAGAAAUCCAAAGAUGUAGUGGACUACAGUGAGGAAAAUUUUGCAAUCGUGUUUGCUGCUAUGGGUGUAAAUAUGGAAACUGCCCGAUUCUUCAAAUCUGACUUUGAAGAAAAUGGCUCAAUGGACAAUGUCUGCCUCUUUUUGAACUUGGCUAAUGACCCAACUAUUGAGCGAAUCAUCACUCCUCGCCUGGCUCUAACCACAGCUGAAUUUCUGGCGUACCAGUGUGAGAAACAUGUAUUGGUUAUCCUAACAGACAUGAGUUCUUAUGCUGAAGCUCUUCGAGAGGUUUCAGCAGCCAGGGAGGAGGUGCCUGGUAGACGAGGCUUCCCAGGUUACAUGUAUACAGAUUUAGCCACAAUAUAUGAACGUGCUGGGCGAGUGGAAGGUAGAAAUGGCUCGAUUACGCAAAUCCCUAUUCUCACCAUGCCUAACGAUGGUAAGCUCCUUUCCGAGGAAGAAUGCUUUAUAAUAAUAAAGUCCUUCUGGUACUUUCAUAAUCUUCUGUCUACUCAUACAAGCCUGUCUUCUCUUCAGUAUGCCUGCUAUGCUAUUGGCAAGGAUGUACAAGCCAUGAAAGCUGUAGUGGGAGAAGAAGCUCUUACCUCAGACGAUCUUCUUUACUUGGAAUUUCUGCAGAAGUUUGAGAGGAACUUUAUUGCUCAGGGUCCUUAUGAAAAUCGCACUGUGUAUGAGACUUUGGACAUUGGCUGGCAACUGCUCCGAAUCUUCCCCAAAGAAAUGCUGAAGAGAAUCCCUCAGAGCACCCUGAGCGAGUUUUACCCUCGAGACUCUGCCAAGCAUUAGCUGCUGCUUCCUCACUGGCUUGGUCCUCUUGUGAAAUACUGGUCCUGUUUUCUAUAUUCCUUUCUCCCCCAGCCCCACUUUUGUGUUGGAGUUUACCGUGUUACCCUGUAAUUAAAAACAAAGAAUAGGUAACAUAUUGUGCCAGUGUUGCAAUGUUUUAAACUGCUAACAGACUUUAAAAUAUCCCCUAUUCAUAAAACCUGGGUUUUCAGUGCUUUGUUUAAAGUAGCUGCAGGGAUAGAGUUUUCUUAUCGAUGUAUGUAUUUGUACAUAGUGGUGUAGUUAGUUAGGCAAUAAUGUCCUCAUCAUUUGGGUCUCUUAGACCUUACCUCUCAACCCCCUGGAGAGUUUCACUCUGAAGUUACAAUGCUUUGGUCUCUAAAUUAGGGGCAAGAUCAGGCCUGAAAGAAAUCUCCUUUCAGAAGAGCCACCAAGAGGCUCUUUCCUGGGUAUUUUCUUUCGGGUGGUUGUGUGCCCGUGGGUCUGUGCUGCUGCUCUAAGCAGGUGGUUUUCACUGUCUACUUGCUCUUUCCUGUACAGUGAAUAGAUUAGCAAAAGGAGUUUCCUUUUCCUAUGUAGUAAUAUGCAUUGGGACUCAUGUGUCUUAACAGUUCUCCCUCUGAGUAACACACAGAAUCAUGCAACUUUUGCACAGCUGGCAUUUACCUGAUAGCAGCAAGAUGCCUUGUCUUGGUGACAUUUACUGGGUUCCCAUGCAGAGGAAUCAUGUGAUUAAAAUAGCUAAUAGAGUUGUUGCUUGGGGUACAAUAAAAGAAGAAAAAAGAAAAACCUAUAUCCAUUUUACAUUCUGUUGUGCUAACAGUGGUUUAAGUUUCUAAAGUGUUUACCAGAUGCCGAAGGCAAGGUGGGAAAUGAAAGCUCUUAUGUUUAUGGAUAUUUUAAACUCUGUUAGACAGCAGCCUUUGGAAAAUCCCCGAUUUGGUUCUGCUUUUUGACCUGUCUCUACCUUUUCAGGGUAAUCUUGUGGCACAAGUGAUUGCAUUUAACAGCUUUAGAGUUUUAAUUUCUGCUCCUCUCUGGUGUGAGCCCUGAGCUGUCUUCUGUGCAGUUCUGCCCCGUCUGCUGUUUGGUCUCUUUGUGUUCUUUGUUACUUGGACUUGGGUGCAAUAGCAACUUCCCUACUCUGUGCAUUCCAUCUUUCAAGUUGUGUAAAGUUCUCCACUUUUUUCUCUGAGGGUCUAGGGGGUGGGGGGAGUCAGCAUGAUUAUAUUUUAAUGUAGAAAAUGUGAUAUCUGGAUAUAAAAUGAAAAUAAAUGUUAAAUUAAAUGGAA